AUGACCUGGCCCAACGAUGCCCCGAACCCAUCUGUUCGGUCAAUCUUCCAGAUGAUUCAUCACGACGUAGCCUAUGCGGCUUGGCUUUCCGUCAACAUUCGUCUGACCCAUACGAUUCUUCACUUUGACUGGCGCCAGCCCGGCGACCACUACCUUCCGGGCCAGGUUGAGCUCACAGAUCCGGGAGUAAUGCCUAUACUAUACGACGCCUUACUGAGCCCAGAGUCCGAUGUGGCCGUUACUCCCCCAUACCAUGCCGCCCAACUACCAUUGCAACCGGUGCGAUCGAGAGUGAUGAUUUCCUUUGUACCUCUCGUUCAGAGGGUCUCGCUUGUCAUGGGUGCCAACGGCGAAGAGCCCAUUGGCUGUCAGAGGACAAGAUUGUUGGAGUCUCGGUCGGCCUACUAUACCGAAUUUCUUAACAACACGGGUGCUUUUGAUCUGUUCGACGACUCGCUUGCAGACCAUGCAUAUGAGAUGAGGCGAUCUCGUCAAUCCUUCCGAUCUGCCCUCCAUAACACUAGGUUUCUAUCGACGUGGGCAGUCAUGCUGCUCGUGUUGUAUUCUCUUUCAGUUCGCCUACUUGCAGGGCACGCGAAAACCUACGGAACCAAGACACAGUAG